GGAAUCAUACUUCAUCAUCUGACAAUAACAUCCAGCUGUUCUGAGGGUGCCUGCAUUUGAUCAGCCUCAGUAUGUCCUGAGGCUGGCAUUCCACAGGUUCAGUGGAGCAGCUUCUUUAGAACUCUAGCAACUGAGAAAAAUGUCUUGCACUAUCUCUACUCAGCAGUAAACUGGCCAUUGUUGGAUUUUUGGGAAGCAUCACUUACCACCUAGCAAAGAGGAUAAAGAAGCAGAAAGCCAAGACAAUGAAGGUUCAGAUGAAAAUCCUCGUUGGAGUGCUCUCCUGUCUUUUGCUCUCUUUAUUAAUUCUGUGCAUUGUGUUAAUUCCUGCAAAAGAUGAACACAAACGAAAUAAUCCCAGACCACUUACACUGGAUGAGUAUUUAGAUGGAGAUUUUAAUUAUAACACCUUUUCUCCAUACUGGGUUUCAGGAAAGGAAUAUCUUCAUCAAUCUAAAGAUGAUGUCAUCCUUCACAAUGUCGAAUCAGGGCAGUCGGUCACUAUCUUGAAAAAUAGCACUGUUAAAGAAGUGAAUGCUACAAAUUAUGCAAUGUCCGCAGAUCAGAAUUUUAUACUAUUGGAAAGCAAUUAUUCUAAGCUUUGGAGGUAUUCUUACACAGCAUCCUAUCACAUUUAUGAUCUUAUAUUAGGUGUUUUUGUCAAAGAAUAUGAGCUACCACAUAAUAUCCAGCAUAUCUCCUGGUCACCUGUUGGUCACAAAUUGGCUUAUGUUUACCAGAAUAAUAUCUAUUUCAAACAAGAUCCCAGAGAAGCUGCUAUUCAAAUAACCACAAAUGGUUACUGGAAUGAAAUAUUUAACGGAAUUCCUGAUUGGGUUUAUGAAGAAGAAAUGCUUGCAACAAAAUAUGCUCUGUGGUGGUCACCAAAUGGCAAGAACAUAGCAUACAUAGAGUUCAAUGAUACUGAAAUACCAGCUAUUGAAUAUUCAUAUUAUGGCAAGAAUCAAUAUCCUAGAAAAAUAACUCUUCCAUAUCCAAAGGCUGGAGCUAAAAACCCAACUGUUAGAGUGUUGAUUAUAGAUACUACAAAUCCUAGUGAUUUUGGACCGAAGGAAGUACUUGCACCACCAGUCAUAGCAGCAAGCGAUCACUAUGUCACAUGGAUUACCUGGGUAAGAGAUGACAGAAUCUGUGUGCAGUGGCUGAAAAGAAUCCAGAACUUCUCCCUGUCAGCAAUCUGUGACUACAAUUACCACUCCAGAUCUUGGGAUUGCCCAGAGAAUCGGCAACACAUAGAAGAGAGCCAUACAGGAUGGACUGGUGGAUUCUUUGUUUCAGCACCCUAUUUUACUUCAGACGCCAUAUCAUACUACAAAAUUUUUAGCGACCAGAAUGGUUAUAAACACAUUCAUUACAUCAAAGACUCAGUGGAAAAGGCAAUCCAGAUCACCAGUGGUGAGUGGGAGGCCAUAUAUAUUUAUAGAGUAACAGAUGAUGCAAUAUUUUAUUCAAGCAAUGAAUUUGAAGGUUACCCAGGAAGAAGAAACAUUUACAAAAUUAAUAUUGGAAGAAAUCCUACAACAAAGCAGUGCAUUACUUGCAAUUUACGAAAAGAAAGAUGCCAGUAUUAUGCAGCAAGAUUCAGUGAUAACGCCAACUAUUAUGCACUAAUAUGUUAUGGCCCAGGCAUCCCCAUUUCUACUAUAUAUGAUAACAGAUAUAACAAAGAAAUUAAAGUCUUAGAAGACAAUGCAGAUUUGGCAUCUGCUCUGCAAAAAAUCAGUUUACCAAUACAGAAGAUUAAUAAACUUGAAGUGGAUGGCAUAACUUUAUGGUACAAGAUGCUUCUACCUCCAAAGUUUGAUAGAUCCAAGAAAUAUCCUCUUCUUAUACAGGUAUAUGGAGGGCCUUGUAGCCAAAAUGUGAAGCAUACCUUUAGCGUUAGCUGGAUAAGCUAUCUUGCAAGCAAAGAAGAAAUUGUGGUAGCACUCGUGGAUGGCAGAGGAACAGCUUUCCAAGGUGAUAAGAUGUUGCAUGCGGUGUAUCGAAAACUUGGGGUUUAUGAAGUUGAAGAUCAAAUCUCAGCUGUAAGAAAGUUUAUAGACAUGGGUUUUAUUGAUGAAAAACGAAUAGCCAUAUGGGGCUGG